AUCACUACAAUGACUGUUAAUAAGAAAAGAAAGGAAUCCCCCGCGAUGACGCAAAUCGACGACCAGGAGAUCGUCCUACAUAACAUCGCCACUGGGGAAACAGUACAUCAACGUGCCGUUAUAAUCAGUGGUACUUGCCGUACCUCGGACGACUCAGUUGAUGACUACCUCAUAGUUAAGUCCACAGACUAUGUUGGAAAAGAAUCAUUCCCGGUCCAAAAUUGGCCGGUUUUUGAGGGGCAUUUCAAAGCGCUCGUUAUCCUAUCACCUGGGACCAACCUUCUCUUGUUGGAGCACCAUUAUGGCAGCGCGGAUUGUCGGUCAAUCCAGGUGGAACUCAACUAUGUUCCACUCCUCCAAGUUCCACCUCUUCACUUGGCUAUCAUGAUAGCAAAGGAUUCCCCACUACUAAUCGACUGCCCUCCAAACAAGAGAGGCGCCAUCUCAUCGGCACACUCAGACUUGGAUGCAGUAGUUAAGAAGUUUCGAAUGACUGCGUACAUGUGGCAAGCUCUGACAGCAGAGGACCUGCGAAGCAAGCACCUUGGUCGCCGAUCGUUCCGCAUCGAAGAAGAAUGGGCUGACGAGACAUUGAGUCGAGAGUUUCUGAGCGACCCUACUAAAACUCGAAUGUCCUCUACUGCAAAGAUACACCUAAUACGGUCUGAAAAGACAGUCUCUGAGAUCCGUGAUGCUCAAGUCGCCCAACAAAAUAAACAGGGCCGGAGGAGAGAUGACUUACACAAAUAUUUCGAAGAAGCGCUGAAGAAGCAUGGCGGACCUUUUGUGGCCACCGCCCACCCUAUCGUGGCGGGUCUGAUUCUCGACUCGACAUUUUCGGCGGAACAGAAUCUAAUUCUCGGACAUGCUGCACUUGGUUGCUCGAACACUCGAGGUCUUUCGCUUGGCGUCUUUGGAAGUCAUCUUACGUACUCUUGGCCCCGGUUUCUAGAAGAAGUCGCAAGCAGUCUACUUGACUGCUCAAUCCCCGGUGACACCGUUGGGAAUGACAACAAUGAAUGCGGAACCAUGUGGGAAGCCUGUUCAAUUGGUCAAGGUGCAUUUUUGCAUGAAGUCGGACAUGCAUUUGGUGCCCCCCAUACAACUGGAAUAAUGGAAAGAGGAUAUGCGCAAGACUGGCCUAAGGCCUUCCUUGGAGGCACCGCAUACUGCUCGGCUAGGAAGAUCCAAGGAAUUACGGUUGUCGACGGAAAGACUACUAAUAACUGUACCUGGGAUCUCAGCGAUGCAUUAUCAUUCAGCGUGCAACCACAUUUCUGGCUUCCAAUGGAUCCUUCACUUGACGUGAAGGAUUUGAAAAUUGAACCUAGUGCUCUAGUUGUUGCUGAGGAUGGCCAAGAAGACCUCCUAAAAUUGGUCAUUAGCUCUCCUGCUCAGGUCUGUCAAGUGAAGUUUAACGGUACACCUGAACCUGGAUUAUCUAUCAUAAAUACAGUCAGGGAAAUGCAAUUCACUAUGGCCGAGCUUGAAGCCCGUUUCGACCGAACGAAUGCACUUACUCUUGAGGUUCUUGGAAAGAACGGGAAAUCAAGGAAGAUUGGCAAUGUAUGGAAACUAUUCGCAAAUCUGUCGUUUAUCCGCAUUCCAGGAUCUUCGGUCGUACUUCAGAAGAAGUCUGUCAUGUCCCCAACUCUAGAAGCCGAGGAUGAUGCUGAAGAUGGAAAAUGGGAUUGGGCUGUCCUGUUGAAUGAGAAGGGCAAGGAUGGAAAAUUGUCAAGAGCAGUGGAAAUUGACUCGAGAGUAGGUUGUCUUCUCGAUGGUGCGGUUGUCUAUUUUGAAGACGGCCACAGGACUCAUUGCGGCCCUCGCUGGAAUAGUGCGGGUCGAGGUCACGAUUUUGGUGGUCACGCAUCAGAGAGGUUUCUUUUGCCGGAAGGUAUUGAAGUCACUAAAGUUGAAGUUGGUCGAGGACACGAGUUAAACGGCCUGCGCUUUCAUCUCUCGAAUGGCUUUGAAGGGGGGUAUUUGUACGACGAUAGUCCUGUUGUGACACUAGAGCCGGCUGCAUCCGAGAAGAUUAUUGGAUUCUACGGUCGAAGUAGCUGGGGCCACUGCUUUGAUGGAAUAGAACAGUUUGGCAUCAUCACUGCUCCGAGAGACGUGGAUCUCCCUAUGAUUAUCUAUGAUUUGCCAGAGUUGCAGAACACCGAUGGUGGAAAUGGCCCAAGGCAAGAGGGAUGUGACAAUGACGACGAGAGUCAUUGGGAAGAAGAGUCUGACAAUUAAAGACAAGGCACGGAAAGCCGAGUUAGAGCGAUUAACGGCGGGCA